CUAUGUUUUGAGAAAAAAAAACGAGCAUGGACGUCAUGCGAAAAAACAUCGAUCAUUAUUUUCAAAAUAAUUUAUGUAUAUUUUAAAUGAGUUAAGUGUGUAUGAAACGUAUAUAAGUUCCUAUUAUUUACUUGUAUAAAACAUUUUCUUUGAAUAAGUAGUCCUUUUUUUAUGUGUUCGAAAAGCCGCCUGUCAGGUUAUAAUAAUUUUUUUCGACGGCUGUGAAAUCGAACAAGUCGUCGAUUUUAUUGUGAAAGUUAGUUUAUAAUGGUAGCAAAAUGAAGUGUCAUUACGAAGUUUUGUGUGUGACGAAGGAGGCGAGUGCUUCGGAAAUAAAGAAAGCCUACAGAAAACUCGCACUGCAGUGGCACCCUGACAAAAAUUUAGAAAACCUGCAAGAAGCCAAAGAGCAUUUCCAACUUGUGCAAAAUGCAUACGAAGUACUCUCAGACCCUCAAGAAAGAGCAUGGUAUGACAACCACAGAGAGCAACUGCUGCGUGGAGCCGGCAGCUCCUACAAUGAUGACAGCCUUGAUGUUUACCCCUACUUUAGUCCGUCCUGCUAUAAAGGGUUUGGUGACAAUCCCCAAGGCUUUUAUGGAGUUUACUCUGAGGUAUUCUCCAAGUUGGCUGCAGAAGAAACAGAUUUCCUGGAUGACCCGGAGGAUGUUAACAAGAUCCCCAAGUUUGGAAACUCCACUACACCUUAUGAGGAAGUACACGAGUUCUAUGCCUAUUGGAUGUCAUUUUCUACAAAUAAAAGUUAUGUUUGGCUAGAUCAGUAUGAAAUAUCACAGGGUGAUAACCGUCGGAUAAUCAAGUUAAUGGAGAAAGAAAACAAUAAGAUAAGACAAAAGGCACGUAGAGAAAGAAAUGAAGAGAUCAGAAGGCUAGUGAGCUUUGUUCGCAGAAAGGACAAGAGAGUCAUUGAACAUACAAGGCAGCUGCAAGAAAAGGCUGAAGAAAAUAAAAAGAAGGCAGAACAAGUGCGCAGAGAGAGGAUAAUUCAAAGGCAGAAAGAAAUAGAAGAAGCAAAAAAACAAGAAGGAGAAUCAUCUUUCCUCCAGAGCGAGGAAUAUCAGAAGAAACUUAGUGAAAUUGAGUCAUUGCUGGCUGAGGAGUUUGGGAUUUCCUCUGAUGAUGAUACCAUCAGUGAGGGGGGCAUGGAGAGCAGUAAUGAAGAAAGUUCUAAGACUGAGGAGGUAAGCGAAACAUCAAGAGCAACAAAAUCAUCCUCUAAAAACAAAUCUGCAAUAAAAAAUCUGUAUUGCUCAGCUUGCAAUAAACUAUUUAAGAAUGUGAACUCAUUCGAAAAUCAUGAGAAUAGUAGGAAACAUAAGGAAAAUGUUGCUAACAUGACUCUAGGUGACGAUAUUGAGAUAUCAGACCCUGGUGAAAAUGAUGAUGUGCAGGAGAGCCCUAGGAAAACUAAAGAUAAAGUGAAUGGUUUGACGGAGGAGGAAUGUGAUAACUCGACUUCUGAUAUUGAAGACAAUGAUAUACGGGAAACUUUGAGUGAUGAUUCGGAUCAAAUACAGGCUUUACCCAAGAGCCAGAAGAAAAAGAAAAAUAAGAAGAAAGCUUUUAUUCCCAUGCCUGAGAGUGAGGGCAAUGAUAGCCACGAUGAGAUGAGCUUUAAUGAAAUAGAGGGUCCAUCUCGGUGCAGAAAAGCCAAGAAGUUCAACAUGCUCAAGAGUCAAAUUCAGGCUAAGAAAGAAGCUGAUCUCAAAAAAGGAUCUCAAUCUCAGACUUCCACUGAGAACUUGUACGAAGUCUCUAGUACUACACCUACAGAUGACGCUUUAUGCGAUUCAGCCUUGCCUAGAGACAGGCCUGCGUUACCAAAAACUCAACGAAAUGUUAAAGUGAAGAAGCUAGUUGAAAGGAAGCCGGUACGAACUAAAGCUAGUGAAACCGAGGAUUCCAGUAGUGCAUUGAAUCUUAGAUGUGUUAUUUGCCAGACAGAUUUCGCUUCAAAGAAUAAAUUAUUUGAACAUUUAAAAAAGACAGGUCAUUCCGUACCGCUUCCUCACACUAGCUUCCCACAAAAGAAAGGUAAAAAAGGUAAUAGGUAAAAUGUGCAAUGAAAUUUUAGAUAGGAAGAGAAGUACUAAUUAUCCAUUGAGAAAUCAAAAUAUAUCACAUCAGAUCCUAACAAACUGUAAAGUGACUUUAUCAAUCUAUUUAUUAAAUUUAUGAAUUAUGAUCACUCAAUAAAGUAUGCCUAAAGAAA